AUGCAAUUCCUUACAGUCUUCGCCGUUCUUACCUUCAUCUUCCACAUCACGAGCGCGCUCCCAUAUACCGCUCAGCCUUUCCUCGAUCUCGGUAUAUUGCCCAUAUGUGCUCAACGCUGCACACCACUGUUGGAGACUGCUUCUCGCUGUGUACCUCCGAACGCUUACUUGGGCACUGGUAAUCAUACUGCCUAUGUCGACUGUUUCUGCCGCAACGAAUGGCUUCGCAGCUUGAACAACGUCGGCGAGAUGUGUGGUAUCAGCUGCAGUCAUGAAGACGAAACCUUGGUUGAACGAUACUAUGGUUCUCUCUGUGGCGUAUCAAGUCCAUACUGGACGCUGUCUCCAAUAGUUUCUCCAACAAGCACACCAACACUUCCCACCUCGUCAUUCCAGGCCAAAUCGACGGUCUCCGUACCAAGUACAGCAUCAUCUACCUAUGUGGCGACUGUAGCAUCAGCUACCUCCUUGACAGCGUUACCACCGACUGGCACCACCUCGUCUGACGUUGAAGGGCCUUCAAAACAUGUUGGAGCUCCGCAAAGCUGGGGACAAAAGCACUGGAAGGUUGUUGUGGCUGGGGUUCUGAUACCAUUUGCGGUCCUCUCCGUCGUCAUGGCCCUCGCAGCGUUGUACGCUUGGUAUACUCGAGUUCUCUUCCGCAGAAGGCAGCGCCCAAUGACUUCUGAAGAACGGAAGCGCAAAGAGGAUCGACUCAUGCAGGAGCGGCUUGAACAGAUGGGCCUGAUUCCGCUACAGACAGUAACUAAAAGCACUCAGCACCGGACCCGAUUCGAAAUCGACGGUCACGUCGGCACAAUCUCAGUACCGGCACAACCGCCCCUCUACUGCCUCACUCGUUGUACAGUCAAAGCGGGUCUUGGUCCCCACAGCGACCUACCAGGGCUUGGACAAGGCCCAGCAAUACCAGCCAUCGCUGCCCAUCUUUCCCAAUCGUACCGCCGCUCCCUACUAGUCCAUCAACCUCCCAGCUUCGACUACCAUCGGAUAACAUGA